UUACAGACCCUAGAUGCCCGUGAUGGCCUGGAUCCCAGCGAUGUUGGAUAUGUUGUUCGUGUGUACUUGGCCGUGGAUGCGAGCGGUAAACACUGGGAAACGAUCCAAUGAAAAGAAUUCGUUGGCAUAGCAUCUGUCAUUUCUAAACCACGGACACCCUUCAAAAUCUCAUAGUUCACGCAACUCGGUCAUAUCACUGUUGAAAACAAAUCACAAGACAAUGGGGGUUGUCGUAAAGCAACUAGCUUAGUGAACUGGCGCAAGCAUGUGCGCUCGCGAGCCGGGUGGGGUUUAGCUGGGACCCAAGCGGACACGUUUUGGCUACUCUCGCCAUUUUGGGGGUAAAAAGGAGGAAAUUUUGGUAAUUUCAAACCUUACGGAGUCUGAAGAACUGGGAUAUUGAUAAAUCCGAGGAAGGACCUUUUUCCAAAAAACGUAAAUCCUGGUCUAUUUUUAUGUUUUCUUAACGUUAUGAGUGGAUUUAGAGCGAAAUUUUAAUUUUUUGAAGAUUGCUCGAUUUGCUUGUGUGUGAGCAAAGUUUCCACACAAGACACUUCAAGAGUUGUUGAGGCAAGAAACGUUACUGCGGCUGCGCAGAACCCUUGCACGCAUGCGCAGUUGACCAAUUUGUCGACUUAGUUUUCGCGGCGAACGCGGGCAAGUUGAAGAUGGCUAAAGGUUUGUGUGAAUGGGGUUCAACAUAGUCGUGGAUUUUACACUUUUCUUCAUGGAACAUGGAAAAGGAUGCCACAACAAAGAUCGCAGGAUCCAAGGGCAUCCAAAACGGCGAGGGAAAACAAAGUACGAUGCGAUUUACCCUCGAAUUGAAGGAAAGCAGCGAUAAAUAUUUUCCUGAGUUCUCGUACCGAGAAUUACUCCGCAGUACUUCGGUUGGGGAAGCCACUACAAAAUCCAAAACUUUGAAAGACAAAGACAAAAUCUGGCCCGAUGAAGACAGCCAAGACGAAAAACUAAAGGAACUAGCCAAGAGGUUCGAGGAUAAAUAUGGACCCAAACCAAAUUCCAAGAAGAGAAGACAAGAAAGAAUAGCCGAUCUGGUUGAUGUGACAUAUGGAUAUGAUGAAAACGACCCUUUUGUUGAUAAUUCUGAAGCAUAUGAUGAGCUUAUUCCAGUGGAUUGGACGACAGAGCACGGUGGCUUCUAUAUCAAUCAAGGAAGUCUGAAUUUCCGCCCCAUCUCCUCAGAUGACAGCGAUGAUGACUUCAAGGGGACCAAGAAAAGAAAAACUCCAAAGAAAAUCAAGGAUCCAAACAAAGUAAAGAAGCUGAAGACUCCUGCAGAGAAGGAGAGAAAGAGAAAGCAGCACACAGGUUCCACAGACAAGGAAAAGAAACCCAAGAAAGUCCGUCUGCUAAGUGGGGACAAAGAAAAGAAAUCUAAGAAAAAGCUGAGUUUGAAUGCCAGCCAGCAUGGAUCAUUACAUAGCAUGCUUGCGGGUUCGUCAAGCAUAUCAGCAACAGGUUCAGCUUCAGUCACAGCAAUGUCUAAUGGCGUUGCCACACCCAUUGGAACAUCGACUGCAGGCUCUCCUCCUAGCAGCAUAAAGACAGAAUUUGCGAAUGAGGACUCCAUACCACUUGCCCAAGUCUUAGCUGCAAACGCUGCUGCUGCAUCUGAAGCAAGUAACUUAAGCGGCCAGGCAUCAGUCUCACAGAAUGGGUUGCUAGGUGAUGGGGAUGAGGGGGAAAUAGUUCCCAAACUCCCUAACUACCUCCCUACCCAUGUAGAAAGUGUUGUCAUGAAGUUGAAGCAAGCAGCUACCAAUGCUGCUGAUGAGGGAAAGUGCAAGUUCUUUAAUAAGGAUGUCAACCAAAUGUUGCUUGGGAUUGAAACUCAAUCUAGAGAGCUGAGCUGCAGAGUGCGAUCUGGAAUUUAUGACUACUUGGCAUUCUACCUACCAUGCACUAAGGACACUCUUCUGAAGCGAGCCAAAAAGUUGCUCCUCACAGAUCAGGCUGGAAGAUUAAGGGAACCAAUGGCAAAACUGAAAGCAGCUGUUGACAAAGUGAUGCCUGAACAGAUCAAGGCAUUUGAAGAACAAGUUCGAAAACAUGUAGAGGAAGAAGCCUCAGCAAGUAGUUCAACACAAGGAAUUGAACAGCAGAAUACAGAAGACAAAAAGAGGGAGCUUUUCAAAUCUGCUAUGGAGUUUGAAGAAGAUGCUGAGAAAGGUGAAGAAGUCACUACCCCAACAGACCCACCUUCUACUACGGCUCAAUGUCAAACAGAUGAGAAGACAAAGAAGACUGUGCCGAAAAGGAAAUUUAUUUGGUCUGACGAGCUUAGGGAACUUCUGCAUGAUGUAGUCACAGUAAAAGUCAAGCUGUUUGAGAUGUCAAAGACAAGAACAACUUCUGCUGAGGAAUAUCUUAAAGAGUUCUUUGAUACAGAAGUAAAGCAGCUAUGGCCCAAGGGGUGGAUGACUAGCAGGAUUCUCUUCAAGGAGAGCAAGCCAGCCCAUUUGCGUGUAACAAGUGCUCCGUUUAAAGCUAAGAAAGCACCUGGACCUAAAAAACAAGGAGAAACUUCACCACCUGAAAACCAGGGCACAGAUGUAUCUAAAGACAGGACCAAUUCUGUCAUGUCAGCGACAUCAUCUGUUUUAUCAGUCAGCUCAUCUGUUCCACCUGCACUGCUUACAGGUGUCACAGUAGCUGAAGCCAAAGCUAAAACCCCUACUACAGCACCAGCAAAUGUAAAACCUACCACUAUUUCAGAGACUACUAAAUUAGAGUUGAAGAUAACUCCCAUGUCAAUGACAAACUUUUCUACAUCUAAAUCCAUGUCAGUGGCGACUGUUCAACUUGUUACAAGUACCUCAACACCAGCAUCAAGUCUGAUUUCAAAUAUCGCCCGACUUGCGUCCUCAGCUGGUGGCACCACCACAGCAGCAUCAUCUGGCACGUCAAAACCUUUCCCAAUACAGAGUUUAGCUACAGAGACAGUAGGUGCAAUCACGAAGAGUGAGGAUACCACGCUUAAGAGACCUGACCUGGUAGACAGCCAACUCAGGGUUACACAAGCAAACCUCAAACGGACUCCAGUGAAUGCAGUUUCGCAUGCUGCAAGUUCAUCAAUUCUAGGGGUGCAGAAACAACCAUCAAUCUUUAGUCAGGCUGGACAUCCUGUUGGUGUCAAUCCAGCUGCGUCAUCACCUCUCAAAUCACAGCCAGUUACGAUUCUAGACUUUGCAGACAUUGUAUCUGACCUACAGAGUGAAACCCCAGAUUUGCUGGGGAAAUCUGUCACAAAAUCUCCCUCACCAAUGCAUAUGAAGGAGUUAGACAUGAGUCCUGCAAAAUCGUUACCUUCACCUCAAAUGCAAAACAUUCACUUUUCCAAUUCAUCACCUGCAAAGGUUAUAAGGUCGCCUCCACAAGCAAGGGAGGUACCACGCCUUAGUCACCAGAUGUCCCCAGCAGCAGAACCUGUUUCUCAGCUCAUGUCAUCCAUUCCUUCGCCAGGGAUGCCCCAAGGGGCAGGCCAUGGGGUGUCUAGGGAUCAUGGACAGACAGGAAGCCUCUCUCAUAGAGAAAUGGUACAAGCAGCACGACAGGUUGCUGUCAACCCAAACACAUCACCCCGCAUGUCAGCCACUACCAUGGGGAUGUCAAGGGAGCAGAUGCAGAGAGCAGCACAAGGGAUGCAUGCCGGGGUUUCUUUGGGAAACAGAAGGAUGAGUGACAAUAUGUCAGGAAAUGGGAUGCCUGAUCUUCAGAAUAACUACAUAGAUUUGAAUGCAGCAGCCAUGAUUUCUCAUCAAAGGCAGCAAGCAGCAGCUAAUAAGGCUAUACUUGAUGCCAUAACAUCAUCAGCCAGGGUAAAUAUGUCUGGGUCGGCGUCAAUGCCACUAUCCCACCCUGUGAUAUCACGGCAGCUGAGUAACCCCACCCAGACAGGAUACCUGCCAGUGUCUGCGUCUAGCCAUCAGCCCCAGAUGCUCUCCAUGAUGGGUAGGGGUAACCUGCAGUCCAGUACGACCACGCCCUUGAGCCACAUGGGGAUGCCCCCCAUGCCACAAAGUAAUGUGAUGCACCUGGCCCAGCAACAGCAAAUGGCAUACAAUCAAGUUCUCCUAGGGUAUAACAAUGUGGCUGCCUCCAACUCACCAGCCUGCUCGACUGGUCUCACUCCUGGCUUACAACUGCCUGCUCAACAAGUCCUUCUUACCUCUAAUGCUAACAUGUUUCAAGACCCCUCCCAGGCCCCAGGUGGCACACAUCCACAGUCUCCAUAUUUGCCAAGGUUCUCAUGACACUUGUGUGACAUCCUUUUUUUGGAACCAUGACAUGGAAUUGUGUGACCUGAGAUUAUUCUUUGAUCACAGUUUCUAUACACUUGUGUGACACACAUCCUCUGGGACCAUGGCAUGAGAUUCUGUGACCUGAAAGUUAUUCUUUGGUCAAAGUCUCCAAAGAUGCCAAGGUUCUCCACCCAUUUGCAUCACAUGUCUGCUUUGUGACUAAAACACAAGAUGUUAGAGCUAAAAAUCCUUUGACAGUGACUGUGUGAAAAUAUCCAUGUUCAUACAUGUCUCUCUCUUCGUCAUGUGUACACUGCCACUGUCAGAUGACCCUGAAUGUGUAGUAGCUACAUGUGUAUGCAGCCAGUUUGUGGUUAUUAACCUGUACACCUUACUUUUAUCGUGUAAUAGUUUCAUUUCCACAUGGUUAUACACAUUGUCAACUGACUGACAUUCUCACAUGCCCUAACCACUCUUAUUAUUGUGGUAUUUUGUGUUAUUACAUACUCCAGGUCAUGUCUCUACACCACACCCACUAUACUGCAUUAGUGAAAUAAAUAUAAACAACUUGGGAAAGACUGGUUAAGUUAACCUUUUCCCCACCAAGGUAAAGCUCUAUUCAAAUGUUCAUCAAUUCUAGUCAGUGCUGCCUUCAUCUGGCAAGGCAACUUGUAGCUUUGCUAUUUGUAUACAUAGAUAUUUGUAUAAAGAAAUUCGCAAUAUUUUCUACUUGAUUUGAUAUACUAUUUUCCUGGUUUAACUCAUAAUAGCUGAAAUCUAAACUACCUGUAAUCUUGGUAUUGUAGAUCAUAAUUAGCUGUCCCAUAGAAAAAUUGACAAUUUUCAUGUUUCACAAAAUGUACUACUUCUGCAUGAGAAUACAACUCCUGUGAGACUGGGUAUCAUUGUAUGAAUUGCAUCUAGUGUAGAGAAUGGUAUUAGAAGCCCGCCUACUGAAACAAGUUUCUUGUAAGAGAUGUAGUUUGUUUUUCUAUGGAACAGCAAACCUAAUAGUGAAUUACAUACUUUGGAAAAAAAAAGAUAAUAUUCAUGUAAAACCUUAUUUACAAAUUACAUACGAGUAUAUUUGAUCAUUUCAUUGUUCAAUUCCCAUCCAGUCUAACCACAAAUUUGUCCCCUCUUUGUCCUACGUGUUAGUUUAUGUAUACUUAUUGAGAGUUUGCGCUGUUUAUAUUUCUGAAUUCCUUUUUAAAGCAGAAUUCAUUUAGAUUUUGUGCCAAUUUGGCUAAUUUGCCAACAUCCUCGCAUGGAUUUAUAUGUUUAGCCUGAUAUGCAAGUAAUAUGCCAAAUAAAUUGUAUUUAUCAGAUAAGAGUUAA